AUGGCAGCCGCAAAAGCAAAACUGUGCAUCACAGAUCUGCCAUUAGAACUGCAGAAAAACAUUUUUAAGCAUUCCACAUCUCAAGAUCUUAUCGCUCUCGCGCUUGUCUCGAAACAUUUCCAUUCUGUCGCGUGCGCACAGCUCUAUCGGGAUUUCACUAUAAUCUUCCCAGACGAGGAUGAUCCGGCAUUCGACUCGCCCAUUGACGGUCUGGCUGGCGGCCUGCAUACACUGGUGUCCAGUCCACAUGGACAUGCAAGGCAUCUUAAAGAAAUCAGCUUGGAUAGUUUAAGCGGCGGCGAGAAAGGCGAAAGAGCCUACAAAGCUUACCUCUACGAGUCCAGCUGCGGCAAAUUUCUCAGCACACUCCUCUUCCUCACUCUGAAGCAAGCCAAUGCAUUAGAGGUGUUCCAUUGGAACAUACGGGUGGAGCUCAGCAGACCUGUUUUUCAGGCUUUACAUCAGAUCCCCAACCUGAAGCGUCUCCAUAUUCGCAUGCAUGCCGGUCGUUCAUUAUACGAGAACCCACCACCUUUGCCCUCAAUUCAGAACCCUCCACAAGUGACCACAUUGAUACCCCCUGCGACAGGUCUCUUUUCCAACUCCUCGAACGCCGGAUUGAUUGCCGUGGUCAAGCCCCUGCAACCUCCAGACGAAGAAACCUCCCAGAAGCCGGAACCGCGCACUUUUUCAGGAUUCAAGAAUCUUGCGAGCCUCUCAAUCUUGGACAUGGAUACAUUAGACUAUCUCUCUGAACUUGAGGCUUGUAUCCGCUCUUCGUCAUCCACUCUAAAAGAACUUCGCCUUUCGCUUUCAUCCGCACGAGCCAGGAAGGCACGCAAGCCGCCGGUUUAUGAGUCUGAAGAGUCCGAUCAAGACGUUGACGAUUUUGGAAAUCCUCUCGCACCUCCUCCUCCCCCGCCGCCUCCAGUUCCAGCGUCGGAGCCACAGAUCAUCAAUGUGCAGACACCGCAAGAAAAAGAGGCCCAGAUGCGAGUAGAAAGAGCUGCACAGGAUGUGAUCUUGGCAAAGAUCUUUGGCCUGGAUCCAGCCCUGCCAGAAGUGAAGAUUGUCGCCGAAAAGAAGGAGACUAAUCCCUCGUCGAAAAAGGGGAAGAAGAUAGAGAUUGUUGAAGAAAAGCAACUCCUCUCAAAACUCAAGAAUGCUAUGGUGCAGUUGUCUGCAGGUGUCGGUUCCAGUACCAUUGAUAAAGAAAAGGUAUUAGAAGCUCUUAGUAUGUUUGACAAAGCAAGAGCGGAUUAUGUCAAGGAAACAGAAAAUGGUGAUGCAGAAGAGUCACCCGAGGAGGAUGCGUCUAGCUCUGCUGAAUCAAAUCAGCAUAUUCAAAACGGAGGCGCGCAACAGUCAAGCUUAAACAAAGAAACGGAAAAUGCUACACCGUCAGACUCCGCCCCUAAAGAAGAAAGCGAAAACGUAAACGAUGGGCCGGGUCUGUUUGACACUCCUUCAACUCGGGUAAAGCACAAGCCAAAUGCGGUCCAUGGAGAUCUUCUUCCGGAGGAUAUUGACAUGGUGCAUCCCGAUGCCGACGAUGCGGAUGAAGAUGAGGACCAGGAUAUUUUUGAACAGGCUAGGAGUACGUGCAGUGAGGACGUACCUGUUAAUGGAAAUGCUUCUCUGGACGAAGCCAUGUCGGACGAUUUUGGCAACAACACAGCGUUGAUGAGCGGUGCAAGGGGCAAUACAUGCAACGGCAUCUCAGGCAAUAAAAUGGAUCCCGCAGCUGCCAAACAAGGGCAAAGUCGUACGUCCUCUGAACAAUCCGAGGAAGCAGUGCGAGACUAUAUCCGGUCCACGAGAAAAGUCGCUCUUGAGUCGUUUGAGCUUCAUUUGAUCCCCCUAAAGACAUCAAUCAUUUUCCGCGCAAUUGAUGUGACCACUCUCAAGCAUAUCACUCUCCUCAAUGUCGGGCCACAAGCUCAUUUCUGGUCUCUAAUGGCACAGACGAACAAGUCGACUCCCCUCAGCCUUGAGUCCGUGUCGUCGGAUGAUGUUACAAUGCCUCUUCUAAACGUACUCAACAGUCUAGAGUACUUGGAAGAGUUGUUCCUCCGUGAACGGUCCCCCAAGGCCAAAACCCAGAACCUCUCACCCAAGACGACAGUGGUUGCGGAAGAUAUUCGGAAAUUAGUGCUGAAGAAGCACAUCAAAAAUCUGACCAAGUUAAUGAUCAAGAACAAGGCCGACUACAACUGGGAUCUGAAUGGAAAAUGUAUCAAGUUGCUUGCCAAAAAGGGUACCAAGUUGACAGAGCUAGCCAUCAGCGUUGACUUGAGAAAUUUCCAUCUUCUUCUGCAAUAUUUCCUUGGACUCGCCAAACUCCGGGCUCUUCACAUUGUCGGUCUUCGAACCGACGACACCUGCCACACGGUUCUUCGUGAACUACGCCGCUUCGCCGUUGAUACAAUUGCACAAUGCCCGACGAUGAAGCUAGAGUAUAUCGCGGUCGACUCGAUUGUGGAGCGACUCAUUCGCCAACCCAGUUUGCAAGCACGGCUCAAAGUCAAGAAGAAGGAGAGCGGCAAGACAUUCAUCAAGAAAGGCGGACCAGCGAGUGUUGAUAAUUCAACGACUGAGGAUUUCGCCAGCGCAUCAACGUCCAACAACGAAGAAGACGAAGCUAAAGCAUUUGCCUACGCGGUAAAGAAGAAUGGCGGAGAUUAUAGCUCCUCGGACGAAAGUGACGGGACCGAUGCGGAAAUUUCCAAACCCGGCCUCAAGAUUGAAACUCUUGAGAAUAUCAAGUUUUAUGACAUCCCCGAUGUGACCAUCUUUCGAAAGGAAGUCACUGCUGGAAGGCUGUAG